UAACAUGGUGUAAGCUUCUUCUCAUUUUUCUUUCUAUUAUGUUGACCUUAAGAAGAAAGUGACAAGGAUUAAAAAAAUUAAUGUAAGGAAAAAAGUUGGAAUUGUUUUUCAAUAAAUUGGGUAGUUUAAAGGAAGUGAAGAGCGGUUUUGGUAGUGGUGGUGGUCGAGAAACGAGAAAGCUUCUUUUUUUCUCUACGAUCAGAUUUUUCUCAGAGUGAGAGAUCAAUCGAGCGGGAAAGAUAAUUCAUUAUUGCCAUGGGAGAUGACGAGCUGUCUCACCUCAAAUUCACCCUUCUGCUGGAAUCAGCAGCCUGCAAUGAUCUCUCCGGCUUUAAGUCUCUAAUCGAAGAAGAGGGUCUCUCUACCAUUGAUCGGUCCGGUUUAUGGUACGGGAGGAGGUUAGGAUCAAAGAAGAUGGGUUUCGAAGAGAGGACGCCUCUUAUGAUCGCCGCCUUGUUUGGAAGCAAAGAGAUCGUUGAUUACAUCAUCAGCACCGGUCUUGUGGAUGUGAACCGCUCUUGCGGCUCUGAUGGUGCAACAGCGCUUCACUGCGCUGUCUCCGGCUUGUCUGGGAAUAGCCUCGAGGUCGUUACUCUUCUCCUGAACGCUUCUGCUGAUCCGGAAUCUCGUGAUGCAGAUGGUAGCAAGCCUGUGGAUGUGAUGACGUUCCCGUGCUUGAGUCCGGUUUUUAGCGGGAGGAAGAAGGUUUUGGAGAGGUUGUUGAAUGGAAAUGAAGCUGAUGUUCAAGAAGAAGAGGCUGAGGUUGAAGUUGAGGUUGAAGUUUUGCUUUCGCCUCCGAGGAAGGAGUACCCUAUUGAUCCGACUCUUCCGGAUAUCAAGAACGGUAUAUACGGAACAGAUGAAUUCCGUAUGUACGCGUUCAAAAUCAAACCGUGUUCCAGAGCAUACUCACACGACUGGACCGAGUGUCCCUUCGUUCACCCAGGCGAGAACGCGAGGAGGCGUGAUCCGAGAAAGUAUCAUUACAGCUGCGUCCCAUGCCCCGAGUUCCGCAAAGGUUCUUGCUCAAGAGGCGAUUCUUGCGAGUACGCUCACGGGAUCUUCGAGUGCUGGCUUCACCCUGCUCAGUACCGUACCCGUCUCUGCAAGGACGAGACGAAUUGCUCGAGGAGAGUUUGUUUCUUUGCGCACAAACCUGACGAGCUUCGUCCCUUGUACACUUCGACAGGAUCUGGUGUUCCUUCUCCGAGGUCUUCCUUCUCGUCUUGCAACGACAUGGGACCGAUCAGUCCGCUUCCUCCGUUGAGUCCCAACGGUGGAAUGCUAACCACACCUCCUCUGAGUCCUAACGGUAUACCUUCUCCUAUUGGUAGCGGAAAGCCUUGGAUGAACUGGCCUAGCGCUACCCCUCCGACACUGCAUCUCCCAGGGAGCAGGCUCAAGUCCGCGUUGAACGCGAGAGAAUUCAACUUCUCUGAGGAGAUUCAUCAAAGCCUUGCUUCUCCGGGGAGAUGGAACAAUAAUAACACAGCUGCUUCACCUCCCUUCUCUGGAAACGGCAUGAAGAGGCUUUCGAGUGGAGGAAUCAGCCCGGUUCAUAGCCUAAGCGAUAUGUUCGGGGCCAGCAGCCUCUCCUCGUCCCCUGUGGGAGCUAACUAUCAGUUCUCAAUGGAUUCCUUGGCUUCGAGAGCGGCUGCGUUUGCUAAUCAGAGGAGCCAGAGCUUCAUAGAAAGCAAUAAUCAACAGCAUCCCGUGACUACUACUUGUCUAGAUGAUUGGGGGUCAUUGGACGGAAAGCUUGACUGGAGCGUGAACGGAGACGAGCUGCAAGAUCUCAGGAACUCCACUUCUUUCCGUCUCAGAGCUGGUAGCAUGGAAUCAAGAACCCCCACGGAGCUUGAGGAACCAGAUGUCUCGUGGGUGGAGCCGCUGGUGAAAGAGCCACAGGAGACAAGGGUGGCUCCGGUUUGGAUGGAGCAAUCAUACAUGGAGACAGAACAGACCGUGGCUUGAAUCAAAGUUUUGAAACAUCAUUAACAAAGAAGCAGAAGAAGAGAAAAAGAGAAGUCUAAACAAAUUUAUGAGGUCGUUGCUAAUCUUAUUACAUUUGUUGUUUUAAAUGUUUCUUUCUUUCUCUAGAAUAAGAAUAAAAAAGUUUCUUUGGGGGCAAAAGAGAGUUUGUUUGUCUCUCUUUUGUCUCCAUAGAAAAAAUACAGAGGUGAUUAAGGUUUCUAAAACCAAAAAGAAACCUUAACUCACCUCACUUCCUUGAUUCUUUUCAUAUUUAAUCAAUUUCCUUUUAUAAUUAUGUUUA